AUGCAGCUCCACAAAUCUCUUGCCGUUCUUUCGGCGUCCCUUCUUUUCCAAUUUACCAACGCCCUUAAUGCUUGCCCCGGUACAGACACCAUCUUCACUGGUUCCCAAGGUAUUCGUUACCGAGUGUGUCCCGGUACGGAUCUUACUGGGCCUACUGUAACAGUAAAGCCCAAGAUUGCUUCGGUGGAAGCAUGCGCGAAGUUAUGCGACGCGAGUAUGGACUGCUUCAAGGCAGUAUACGACAAUCGCACCAAGGACUGUCAUUUCAAGGAGGUUGCUGGCUUGACUUGGGUUGCCAAUACUCGCUAUCAAGUGAUUCAAGCGGAGCAAGUCAACAUCGCUCGCUGCCCUCAAAAUGAAUGGACCUACCACAGGAACCGAAAAACCUACAGCAUCUGCCCAGGAACCGACAUUCGUGGACCAACUGAGAAGUUAUGGAAAGGUGUCAAAACCUUUGACCAGUGCGCGUAUCUCUGCGCAAACUGGGCAACAUGCAAAGCUGCUGUUUACGACGUAGCGGGUUUGGCUUGUCACAUCAAGGCCGAUGCACGCAGUAACACAUUGAUCUGGUCUACCGACAAGCGUUACGAUGUGAUGCGUCUUAAUGAGGCACCAGCUCCUGCACAGAAUGGUGAAUGGUCCGAUCUCAUCCGCCUCCCAGUCAUCCCGGUCGCUGCAUAUGUUGUCCCUGAGUAUCCUGUCUCGAAACGUUUGCUUGUAUUCUCCAGUUGGGGUGUGGAUGCAUUCGGUGGUGCAGGUGGAAAAACGCAGUUUGCCGAUUACAACUUCAACACUGGUGCCGUCUCAGCUCGCACGGUGAGCAACACUCACCACGACAUGUUCUGCCCUGCAAUGAGCAGUCUUCAGGACGGCCGCCUUGUUAUCCAGGGAGGAUCCGAUGCUGCGAAAACCAGUGUUUACAACCCUACUACCAACGCGUUCAUUUCGGCGCCUGACAUGAAAAUGGCUCGUGGCUACCAAUCAUCUGCUACGACAUCUGACAACCGUAUCUUCACCAUUGGAGGCGCAUACUCUGGUCCCCGUAAGGGCAAGGAUGGCGAGGUUUACGACCCGGUCACCAACACCUGGACGGCUCUACCCAACGCAAGAGUGAAGCCAAUGCUUACGACCGAUCGCGAGGGCAUCUGGCGUGAAGACAACCACGCUUGGCUAUUUGGCUGGAAGAACGCCUCCGUUUUCCAAGCCGGGCCAAGCAAAGCUAUGAACUGGUACGGCACAAAAGGCACCGGAUCACAAGUGGCCGCUGGCAUCCGAGACACCAUUGACGACGCCAUGUGCGGCAUCUCUGUCAUGUACGACGCGACCUCUGGCAAGAUCUUCUCUGCUGGAGGCUCUCCCGAUUACACCAACUCCGACGCCAAUGCUCGAGCCCACAUUACGACCAUUGGCGAGCCCAACACUCCCGCGAAGGUCGAGCGUGUCGCAGACAUGGUUUAUCCCCGUGGCUUUUCCAACGCCGUUGUCUUGCCUGAUGGAACCGUCCUAGUAACUGGUGGCCAGAAACGCUCCAAGGUCUUCACCGACGAUGAUGGCGCCCUAUACCCCGAGCUUUUCAACCCAGCGACCAAGUCCUGGAAGACCCUCGCACCGGAAGCCGUACCCCGAAACUACCACUCUGUUAGCAUUCUCCUCGCUGAUGGACGCGUCUUCAGCGGUGGCGGUGGUCUCUGCUACGUCGCCCAGGGAGUCGGUCGCAGCUCUGCCAACUGCAACAAACUCGUCGACCACGCCGAUGGCCAGAUCUUCUCCCCACCCUACCUUUUCAACGCAGACGGCACCCCCGCCGCACGACCAACCAUUAGCUCGCUGAGUGCCAACAGCGUCAAGGUCGGCGGCAAGCUGACCAUCGAAGUCGAAAAGUGGGUUCCCGGUCUACAAUUUACCCUGGUCCGUAUCGGCAGCGUUACACACUCCCUCAACACCGACCAGCGACGAGUUCCCCUAUCCAAUGUGAACAACAACGCCAACAAGUGCACUGUCACCCUGCCCAAUGACAGCGGUAUUCUCAUCCCCGGCGCUUACUACUUGUUCGUCAUUUCCAAGGAGGGAGUGCCUAGUAUUGCUAGGACAGUGCAAGUUGUACUGCCGUAA